GCGCCGUCCGGCAGCAUGGUGAACGAGAGGCCCGAGGGCGGGCUGCUGGUGCAGCUGGGCCCCCAGCUGCAGGCCUACCCGCAGGAGCUGCUGCGGCAGCGGCGCGGCCCCGACGGCGCCCCGGAGUACCUGGUGCGGUGGCGCGUGGUCGGCGCGGAGGAGCGGGCGGCGGGCGGCGGCGGCGGCGGCUCCACCUCCACCGCAGGGCUCCGCUCGGAGAGCGUGGCCAUGUGGCUGUCGGCGGAGGAGGUCCGCGCCGGCUGCCCGGCGCUGCUGGGCGAGGGGCAGCGGGCGGGGCCGCGGGCGGAGGAGGAGAGGGCGCCCGGCCCGCCGCCCGCGGCGCCGGACGAGGCGUCGCUGCUGGAGAUGAAGGCCGACGUCGGGAGCCUGGUGCGGCGAGCCGGCCGGCAGCUGGCCGGCGGCGGGGCCCCCGCGUCCUCCGUCCUCCACACCGUCCGCGUGCUGAGCGCGUACGCCGGCAUCGGCGCGCUGGCGGGCGCCUUCGAGGAGACGGGAGCCCUCGAGCUGCUGACGGAGAUGCUGUGCCACGAGGAGAAGGCGAUCUGCCGCGGCGCCGGCGAGAUGCUGAGGGCUCUGGCUUCGCACGACGCAGGGAGCUGGGCUCAUGUACUUCUGUCUCUGAGCCAGCAGGAUGGCAUCGAGCAGCACAUGGAUUUUGACAGCUGUUACACCUUGCUGGAGCUGUUUGCUGAGACAACAUCCUCUGAAGAGCACUGCGUGUCCUUUGAGGGCAUUCAUCUUCCUCAGAUCCCCGGGAAGCAGCUGUUCGCCCUGGUGAAGCGCUACCUGUGCGUCACUUCUCUCCUGGACAAGCUCAACAGUGGCGAGGAGCAGAGCGAGGAGCGGCAGAAGAGCAGCCGUGUGAAGCAGGAGUUUGAGUUCAGCAUGGCUAUGGCAAACCUCAUCUUGGAGCUGGUGCACGUGAUGGGCUGGGACCACAGCCACAAACCGGAGCCACCAUCCCAGCAGGAGACGAAGCCUCGCACCUCCCGCUCCAUCUUCCAGCACCAGCCCACAUCCUCCAGUGCUGCUCCAGCAGCCCCUGCUCCUGCACCAAAUGAGCCCAGCACCUUUAAGACACGCUCGGCCUUCCCAAGCCGCAGCAGCUAUGUGGAGUAUGUGCAGGCAAACCUGAUGCACGGCAUGCGGGUGCGCAUGCUGGAGGACUAUGAACAGGUCGGCGCAGGUGAUGAGGGUGAAUUUCGUCAGAGUAAUGAUGGCACGCCGCCUGUGCAGGUGUACUGGUAUGCCUCGGGCUGCACGUACUGGGUUCACUGGCACAUGGUGGAGAUCAUUGGCUCUUCUGGGCAGGAGGAGCAUGAGGGCCGAGAGAAGGUGUCCGCUCUGAGAUACAGCCACAAGCUGGUAGCAGCUGCACAGCCGCUUUUCUCCAAGCCCCCGGGGGGGCUGUACUCGCUGCCUUACCUGGGGGAGCGGCCGAGCAGAGCCGCAGCGACCCUGAGCCGCGCUGAGUGGUGGGAGCUGCUCUUCUUUGUGAAGAAGCUGGAAGCGCAGGAGCAGGAGGAGAUCGUCCGACUCAUCCAGCGGGAGCGCGCUGAGCAGCUGUCGGAGCCGGCCGAGGACGCCCUGCUGCAGCUGCCGGUCCCUGCGGAGCUGGCCCAGAAGGUGCUGCAGGACCUGGAGAAGCGGCUUCGGGGCAGCGCUCAGAGCGAGCUGCGCGGCUCCCGUGUGUACGCCGAGCACGUGGGGAGUGCGGCCGAGCAGCGCGGCGGGGGCGGUGCCACGGCGUGCUCAGAAGGCGAUGAGCCCGGAACUGUGCCGGCCGAGGUGGCCAAGGAAGAGCUUUCCGCAGCCGCGGCCCUCAGGUCGGAUUCCCAGCUGUUCCGUGAGCUCCUGGAGAGGGAAGGGCUGCGCUUCUCGCGGGCGGCGGAGCGGAGCGAAGCGUGGGGCGGCAGCGAGGGCGGCUGCCUGGCCGAGGUGCGGCGCGUGGCGGACGCGAUCCUGCGUGGUGACUGCGAGGCGGAGCUGCGCGCGGCCGGGCUGCGGCACGUGGUGAAGGUGCUGGAGGAGGACCGGGAGCAGGAGCGGCACUGCAGCGAGGCCCAGGGCGGGCCGGGGACCAGGGAGAAGCUGGUGAAGGCGGUGGUGGAGCUGCUGGGCGCUGAGGAGGCCGAGUCGUGCCUGGCGGCGCUGGUGCUGCGGCUGGUGGCGCUGCUGAUGGAGAGGUGUGAGUGGUGCGUGCCCUUCGCCACAGAGGGAGGUGUGCGGGCGGUGCUGGCCUGCAUGCGGCAGCACGCGGCCUCGGCCCUGGUGCAGCAGGCCGGCCUGGCGGCCCUGAAGGUGCUGGUGGGAGCCGGAGGUGCCGGUGGAAAGCCGUCGAUGCUGAGCCACGCCGACGCGCAGAUGAUGCGGGAGAUCUUUGCCAGCAUCGGCUCUGCCUGCGGCGAGGGCUCACCCGGCCUGCUGGCUGCCAUCCCCGCUGCCAUCCGUGCCAUGCAGGGCGUGCCAGGGGGCUCCUCGGGCGUGCAGAACGGGCUGCUGGUGGUGAGGAUGCUGGUGGAUGGGCACCGAGGCCUGGCGGAACAGCUGGUGGGCUGUGACCUCCAUGUGGUGCUGCAGAGCUGCUGGCGGGCCGGGCAGGACGCCGGCUGCCCCAACGCCAUGCUGGCCCUGGGCGUCAUCAACCGCCUGGCGGAGCACCGGCUGUCCUGCAGCCCUGAGAUGCCAGGCACCGAGGCCCUGCUGCUGGAGGCGAGGGAGGCACGGGUGCCCGCAGGCGGCCUAUGGGAUGGCGCGCUGCCCGAGGACGUGGUGGUGGCCCUGGAACGGCAGCUCUGUGGCGUGGCCGCCAUGCCUGCGGGUGAGGCAUCCCGGCAGCUGCAGGAGCGCCAGUGCUUCCAUCCGCUGCUGCGCAGCCUCGAGCUGCCGGGGGUGGAGAAGGCCAUGGGGCUGCGGAUCCUCAGAAUCCUGAGCGUGUUCCUGGACGGUUACCGGGAGGAUGCGCUGCCCUGGCAUGAGUGCGUGGAGCCGUGCCUGUCCUUCCUGAGCGCCCACAGCAGCGACCGUGAGGUGGUGCAGGAGGCGGUGGGCUUCCUGCACCGCCUGGCUACCACCAGCAAAGACUGCGCUGUGGGGAUGUGCCGUGCAGGUGCCCGUGAGGCUGUGGCCAAAGCCCUGGACAAGCACGGCCCGGCCCUGCCGCUGGCACCGGCCCUGCUAGAGCUGGUGAGCGACUGCGAGAGGCACGCCGCGCUCUACAAGAAGCUGACGGGCAGCAUCUUGGCCGGCUGCAUCCAGGUGGUGCUGGGGCAGAUUGAGGAGCACCGCCGCAUCCAGCGGCCCAUCAGUGUCCCCUUCUUUGACAUCUUUCUGCGCAACCUGUGCCGAGGCUCCAGCGUGGAGGUGAAGGAGGACAAGUGCUGGGAGAAGGUGCAGGUCUCCUCCAACCCGCACCGCGCCAGCAAGCUGACGGACAGGAACCCCAAGACCUACUGGGAGUCGAACGGCAGCACCGGCUCCCACUACAUCACCAUCCACAUGCAGUGCGGGGUGGUGGUCAGGGAGAUGAGCAUGCUGGUGGCCAGCGAGGACUCGAGCUACAUGCCGGCCCGCGUGGUGGUGCUGGGAGGGGACAGCCCCGCUGAUGUCCGUACGGAGCUGAACGCAGUGACCGUCCUGCCCUCGGCCAGCAGGGUGGUGCUGCUGGAGAACAUGACGCGUUUCUGGCCCGUCAUCCAGAUCCGGGUGAAGCGGUGCCAGCAGGGUGGCAUCGACACGCGUGUGCGUGGCAUCGAGGUGCUGGGGCCCAAGCCCACCUUGUGGCCCAUCUUCAAGGAGCAGCUGUGCCGGCGCACGUUCCUCUUCUGCAGUGCUCGGGCGCACGCCUGGUGCCAGGAGAUCCACCAGGAUCGGGGACAGCUGCUGCAGCUCUUUGGCAAGCUGAACCGGGCAUUACAGCACGAGCAAGACUUCGCCGACCGCUUCCUUCCCGAUAACGAGGCGGCCCGAGCCCUGGGCAGGGCGUGCUGGGAGGCCCUGGUGACCCCCGUGGUGCAGAGCAUCACCAGCCCAGACUCGAGCGGCAUCAGCCCCCUGGCCUGGCUGCUGGGCGAGUACCUGGGGAGCGCAGAGCAGUCCCGCGGUGGCGCCUUCGGUUCCUGUGUGCGGCGCCUGACCCAGCUCCUGGUGCACGUGGACCCGGGCGCAGAGCCGGCGGAGGCGGCAGCGGCCGGCGGGAAGGAGGGCAGGAACAAGGAGGCGCCAGCCCGGGUGGCUGUGGCAGAGAAGUCUGGCUGCCUGCGGGACGCGGUGCGGUGCUGGCAUGGCGUGGUGCAGCGGCAGGUGCAGCAGUUCCUGGAGAUGUCGGGGCAGGCACCGGACGUUGUGGAGCGGUACUGCGCGCUGUACCGGCGCCUGCGUGGUGCCACGGAGGAGCUCUUCGGGCAGCGGGCCGCCUUCGUGGCAGCCCUGGGCCAGGGCGUCGCCGGGGCUCUGCAGCGACUCUCCUUCCUGACCGCCCUGCAUGUGAGCGAGCGGUUCGCCCGCUACCUGGACAGGAAGGUGCAGGAGCUGCACGGGGCCACGGGCAGCACGGGGCAGCUGCAGCAGAUCCUGGAGCCCUUCGUCAUCUUUGGUGGCCUGGAGUUCGCCCACACCUUCGAGCACUUCUACCAGCUGUACCUGGGGGACCGGCUGCUGUCACGGGGGCCGUCCUGGCUGGAAGGGGCCGUGGUGGAGCAGAUGGGGCCGUGCUUCCCCCGCCGCUUCCCCCAGGAGAUGCUGAGCAACCUGGCAGAGUCGGAGGAGCUGCGGCGGCUCUUCCGCCUCUUCCGGCUGCAGGAGCGAGACCGGCGGCUGCUGGAGUGUGGCCUGGGUGCAGAGAGCCCCAAGGCUGAGGCUCCAGGGGAGGCCUCCACAGCAGAUACACUGGAGGUGGAGGUGCUGGUGCUGUCCCCACGCUGCUGGCCUAUGUCCCCGCUGUGCUUCAUGGAGGAGCCCCGGAGGUUCUUCCCGGCGGCGCUGAGCUCCCUGCUGGAUGAGUUCACAGCCUUCUGGCAGCACAGCCAGAGCCGGCUGGGCUGGGGGUGUGCGAGGCCCCGGUGGCUGCAGUGGACGUGGCUGGGCCACGCUGAGCUGUGCUUUGGAGACUGCGUCCUCCACGUGUCCACGCUGCAGAUGUACAUCCUGCUGCGCUUCAACAGCACUGAGGAGGUGGCAGUGGAGGCUCUGCUGCAGGCGACGGGGCUCCCUGCCGAGCUGGUGCACCAGGCCCUGGUCCCGCUGACCCACGGUGAUGGCAUCCUGGUGCAGAGCUGCACGCAGGGGGCUCCAGGUGCCCUGCGGCUGAACCGGGCGGCCCUGGCCCAUGCCUCUGGCCGCCAGCUGAGGCUGCUGCCCCGGCAGAGGUACCUGCGGGCAGAGAGGGCUGAGAGCAGUGCCUUGGAGUGGAAAAGGAAUGUCCUCUGCUGCCUCAUCACCCGCAUCCUCAAGGCGGAAAAGCAGCUGCACAUCGAUAACCUGGUGUUUAAGGUGAUCGAUGCCUGUGAGAAGGGUGAGCUGGGGCCAGGCCUGCAGUUCCUGAGCUUCUGCUGUCACAGUGUGGACGUGCUGUCCUGUGUCCUGCACCUGCUGAACCAGGGCUACCUCCGGCGCCAGGAUGAGAGGCCUCAUGUCCUGGAGUACGUCUCUGCUGAGCCCCCACCAGCCCUAUCCCAGGCCCAGGCCCAGGUUGCCUUCCAGACUGUAGAGAUCAAGACAGCAGCAAACCCAGCCUCUGCUGAAAGGAGACAGACAUUCUCCACCUUUCGGUAGAGAAGGACUGAGCUGGCAGGGCAUGAGCUGAGCCCAGUCCAUCACUUCUGGUGGACUUGGGGCUUUAGUGGGAAUAAACAAGCUUGGCUGCA